GCUGUUUAAUCCUACGCUGUGGGUUACCACACUUCGGCUGCUGCUAGCAACAUACAUUAGUAUGAGCCUCCCCAACAGGUCAACACAGCUGUAGCAUCGGAAGAUCUCACAGCAUUAUACGAUCCUAGAGCACUCCUCCGUAGGGUGUUUCUCUACGGUGUCGCACGGCGGCAGCACCCUCACCCUUCCCUGACAUCGGUGUCCGGUGACGUCAAGCGCUCCAACAGAUGGCCGAUCACUCGCCGUUGUGUUAAACUCUGGCUGUUGCCUGUAUCUGAGAGACACAAGAAAAGACCAGUCGGCCAGCUCUUUGACCGUUGCUAUUGCCCAUAGCGAGAACCUGCGGAUGUCGUAUCCCACAUCAAACCGGACUGCGCCGAACAACCGAUACGAAAACGCCACGAACAAAACUAGUCCAGCCUAGUCUGGUAAUUUAGCUGGCGGAAGCAACGGAAAGAGAAACCCUUUGCAGGACAACGAAGGCAAAGUGAACCGAGUAGCGGUUGCUUUUUAGCCUUGCACUGACGUUGCCACAAGUGAGUGGCCGACUCACUGGUCGGUCGUGAUGCGUCAGACGCCAGUCGAGGUUGUUCCUUUAGCCCGGCUCUAGGUGCAAACCUCACUAGCCCGAAACAACGGCUACGAUAGCGGCUGUUGUCGGUCAGCAAUUGACUAUCGGUAAUAUCACAGCCAUAUAUCUAUCGCUGCAACAGCUUUUUCUCUGCGCUCUGUGAAUGCGUGCGUGUACGCGGCAAGGGUGAGUAGGAACAGGUCAACUCUCGACCAAACGGGAAUCAGCGGCGGCAGCCGCGGCGGCAGCAGCAGCAGCAGCAACCCUUGUACAACUGCACAAGUCUGAGUGUGACGAGUUUUUUGCUGUUUUUUCCAUCGUUUCCUUGUGAAAAUCGUACUGUCGGGCCAUACACAACUGGAAAUUUCUCCAGUACAGCGACUAACGCCGGGGAUUAAAAACAGACAAGAGGUUAUGCUGUAGAAAUCAAGUUGCCGGGCAAAGAAAUGAUAUCAUUGAACGGACCGCUGUGACGUCCGUUAAAAUAUCUACAACAAGCUCGAAAACGACCGGUAAACAAACGUGUACGAACCAACUAAAACUAUAAAAUAACCGUUCAUGGACUAAAUAACGCGUGCUUUAUUUUGUGUGUUGUGCAUCAAGUGCCCUACGAACAGUAUUUUUCCCAUUGUUGCAGGUGCGAGAAAACAGAGAACAAAUCACGAUAGGUUAACGGUCGUCGACUAGAAGCGGUCUAACGUCAUCAAAAGCAUACCAGUUAUUAUUAGAUGACAGGUCGGCAGUUUUGCCAGCAAAACGGCACAUUGAAUCAGGUUAGCGGCAAAAAUAAAAAGCGAGUUAAUAGCACAGCCGCUUCGUCACGUAUUGCAGGCCAACACGCACGUGCUGAACUUAGUGCCAGUUAGAUCAGCAACUAAGUAAUACUUGAUAAUCCUCGUCGGUGUCGUCAUUUUAUCGAGCUGUUCUGUUCAAUAGUGACAUACGACUCCCAGUGUAUAGUAAAUUCGGCCGGUGAUGUGGGGUGAAACAGCGGUAUUCCAAUUCUGGCCAAUAGCCAUCGCGUUACUGGCCGGCCUGACAACAGCGUACUAUUAUGAUGAGGAUCUAGGACAGUUGCCCCGAACUCUGAGUCUACGGUCUAUUGUGCGCAAUGUUCUAGAGGACCAGCCGAACUUCAUCCGUGAAGAUCCUUCGUGGCCGAAUGCCGAGAUUUUGCGCUCCGAGCUGUUAGGCGAAGUGUGUGGCGUACACGUCGAUUCCAUGGGCAAGGUAUUUGUCUUCCAUCGAGGAUCUAACGUCUGGGACCCGCGUAGCUUCGACUACAAAAACGUCUUUCAGAACCAAACACAGAUUGUUGAUGAGCCGGCGAUACUGGUCUUGGACCCGCGAAAUGGUUCCCUUUUGGAGGCAUUUGGACGGAGACGCUUCAUCCUACCUCACGGACUGUAUAUCGACUUCGAAGAUAACAUCUGGGUCACCGAUGUGGCAUUGCAUCAGGUGUUCAAGUUCAGCCGCGGCUAUAAGGAUCAUGCAUCGCUCGUACUGGGAGAUCGUUUUGUGCCCGGGUCAGACGAAACGCACUUCUGUAAGCCCACAGACGUCGCUGUUACCACUCGAGGAAUUGUAUUUGUUAGUGACGGGUACUGUAACCAACGAGUUGUCGCAUUUCAUAAAAAUGGGACAUUCUUGAAAGCGUUCGGUCAGGAAGAAAACAUGCUCGUCGUUCAUUCUCUGACACUUCUGGAGGCAAAUGAUACAAUCUGCGCUGCUGAUCGUGAGGGGGGUCGUGUUAUCUGUUUCGACGCUGGCAUCGAAAACCUCACAAACAUGGGACGGGUCAGAAGACGCUACAGUCUUGAUGAGGGAGAGAAGCCAUACGCCAUCGCUGCAAAGGGAGCACUUCUAUUCGGCGUUCGCCUAUAUCAACCACCGUUCCAGCUGCCUGGAUUAAAUCUUUUCCAGCCGCCAACAGGAUUUGUACGGGAACUUGAACAACUUCAAAAUAACGGACAGGAGGAUACCACUCAGCAAACAGUAGACGCCAAGAUCAUCGCAUUCGAACCACUCUCUGAGGAGUUCAAGAUGCCUCACGAUAUUGUCAUUUCUCCAGACGGAUUUGCGGUCUACAUUGCCGACUGUCACAGAAAUUCACGAAAACGACUUUACAAGAUCGACUCAGGGAAAACAGUCGUACAAGGAUCGCACCAGCGAGUCGACAGUCAAAUGUGAUGCAAUCCAGGACAAACUUUGCUGCUGAUUAGGAUCUGCAGUCUUCAGCCUAUGUUACUUACAUCAAUGAAGUCGGUACCUUGUUCUUCCGGUCGAUGUUAUGCUGGUUGGAUGGACAUUAUCAGAAAGGAAGUCGAUCGUAUAGUGUGUUAUAACAGUUAAGGUCGACACGGGCGUCAUCGAAGCGUCCUUAUCACUAUUUGUUACGCUGACCAUUUGAGGAAGGCUUGGACUCUUUCCAGAAGGGAAAGCCGCUGUAACCUGGCAGAAGGAGAUGAGUAAGGCGCCACUGCAGAGAGAGGAAUGAAGGGGGUGAAAGGAAGAAGGCUCAGGAUAUCGUCGCAAUGCCGCUCUGAAGGAGCCGGGUUACGAGAUAGAAACGAAGGUCCUGUUGUUGGCGAUUGCGUUACUGUGUCGUACGACUGAUACACUGAUGCCGAUCCUGAUACGUCUAAUAGCGUCCGAGAGCAAGAGCGAAGCACUCUGAAACACCUGCGCGCAUAUCGAGAAACCUAUCAGCACAAAUGCGUGGGAAAAAAUUGUAUUUCAUAUUCGCUAUCAGCAAAGAAACUGCAGAAACCUGCCAUCCGUAAAAUGGGGGUCCAGAGAGUCGUGUAAAUAUCACCAGCAUUCUCUAUCAGCAGCAACCAAUUUAAAAGCACGCGUGCACGUGCGUUCGUCGCAGCCUUUUUUUUACGGUCGUCGAACACGGCUGGACUCGAAUACAAGGACACGCUCGUGUUCAACUGGAGAGCAUUGCUGUACCGUGUUGUUGAUAUGCGCGCUUUGCAGCAUCUAGAUUUGGCCGUAUUUUACGUGAUAUGUCUAUGAAGAUAGCCCUCUUCUUCUUUGUGUCUCGUGGUGCUUCAAACGUAAAUGACUUGCAUGUCUGCUACGUCGUGAGGAAAGCUGGCCUAAAAGCAAAAAAAUAGUCGAAAUCGGACCUGGCGGCUUGGUUAACGCGUCUCUACCCGUCAAAGAUUCAUCACUGAGGCGCUCAUUUAGAAACUCGGCAUGGAGUGGAUUAAACGCUGAGUUAGCUGAAGACUUCGUAAUACUGAACCGUAUAAUCAAUACGAAUUGCUCGAAUACAAAUAAUUGGUACGCUUGCUCUCGCGCAAGUAUCGCUGCAUUGAAAAUCAUAAUAAUUAUAUAAUAGCGCGGGGCAUAAUUACGCGGCACCCUGUCCUAAAUCAACAUUUAACAGGUUGUUGACUCGUUUGUUUACGAAAGUGUUGUUUCUCGAUAUACUAUUGGAAAUUAUGUUAUUCGUGGACACAAUAUUCGGGAUUAGUCACAGAUCCGAUAUUAUCCAGAUUAGCCAGAGGAGCUACCGUCAAUGCAUUAGGUUGUUCAGUAUGAAUAUUUAGCUAGCCUUUAAAAUGACUGUAUUUCAUUUUUGCGCUUCGGACGCAAAGAGAUGCACGCUUCAAGACGUGAGAUCGUUUACGGGCCAAUUGCCAUUCAGCGAUCGAGUUGUAGUGAGCAAUGAAAAAUCACAAGGUCGAACUGUUUACACCUAUCAUCUUCGUUCUGGAACGACAAGCACGAAGACAGCUCACCCCAUAAAUUCUAUGUUCGAUGUAGGUUCCACUAGUAGGAACACUGGAGGCCGCUGGUUCAAAAGAUCCAGGUUGGAUAUUUGUACUCAGAUACGGGUUCCGCUAGACAUUUUGUGAGGAGCAGAGUAAUAAAGAGUCGAGGGUAGCGAUAGAAUCCGAGCUAUCUCAAUGUGCGCAGUUGUUUUUGCCCAUCGAGGUUUUAUGCAUGUAUGUAUGUAUGUAUGUAUAUAGAAACAGUCAUACUUGCUCACAUCGGUCAAGUAAUGCAAAAAAAAAUGUGACACACGAUUUGAACAGGCUUCUACGUGUUUUUACGAAUACAUUCUUACACCAAAUUGUGAAAAAUAGAUUCUCUACGAUAAUCGCAGACAGUUACAUUUGUAUGUGGAUAUUCAGUAGGUUAAUGGGAUUGUUGUCUAGUAUCGUCGUCUACGGCUCGAGCGUUCUAUCAACAACAAAUAGAAACAAUGACGAAGAAACUUCGCAUUAAGCAAGCAGGAUUAGUGCAGAGAGGUAAAGCACGUGCACUGUAUGACAGCGUUCGACCUCUCACGGCAACUGGUCCGUUGUAGCUAGCUAGCUAGCUAUUAAUGGUGAAUUUGUACGCUUAUUAAAUAAACCAAGCUGCGUAUAGAUUCUAUUUAAAUACGCUCGAGCCAAAAGGGUAUAUUCGCGUAUUGUUGGCUCUUUAUUUUAACAAAAAAAAGAUUCAUAAACCCAUUGUACACUAUCGAAAUUGGAUUCAAAUAUUGUCACAGGUGAAUAGGCCAUUAAGCACAAACGAGAACGGUAGAGACACGCAAGUCAAUCGUGUCUUCGACUUUUUCGUGGAUGCUAGUAGAUAUGAGUAUUAAUCUCGCUGAACGUGAAAACCUUGCUGAUCUUGUCGAUCGAUCCGAGGGCAGAUUAUGGAGCAAACAAAAUUAUCUUCUUGAUUAGUUCUUCAUACAGCCCGAAACCCGGAGAUCUUCCUUGGCGUCCUAGUAACAGUUACUCGGUUCCCAAGCCAUAGAAUUCAUUACCGGUAGCUGGAAAAUCAAUUCCAAUCCGACCUGGAAGACCAGGAUAAACUACCGUAAUAUUCCGUAAAGUGUUGGGUGACUAGGCGGCUAACGGUCGAAACGAGCAAAUAUUCGUUAGAUAUUGGAAACAUCACCUACCAGUACAGCAUAAGCUAAAGAGCAUUCAUAGGAAAUACAAAGCUUAUGGACCCCUAGCUGUUUCUUUUACUGCUAAAUAUUUUUGCUCACUUAUCUCUCUAAGUUAGUUCGGAAAAAACGGUUAGGAAAAAAUAUGAAACAGGAAAGUACUACUGUUUCUAUUAAAAAGGAGAAAAAACGUCAGCACCCUUAGUCCUAUUCGAAUCUAUUCAAAUGCACGGCUUGUUCACUAGAACAUUUAUCCAUAGUUAUACAUACAGCUUAUAUCAAUAGAUAUGCAGCAUUAGUCUAUUUAUUUAGCUGGGGCAUGUUUCGACUAAAUGUAUUGCCGUAAGUUUUUCUUUUUGCUUCACCGUACCAUUUUACCGCAUGGGCAAGCUAAGUACGAUGGAUCCCUGCGUGAAGGACACAUUGUGACAGUACUUCGUUUGGCGCUGCACAAACAAGCCCGGUCGGCUUCGGUUUUCUCAGCUGAGCAUCGAUGUCGACAGUCGAUUGGUCGAAGGCCUGUCUCCUUUGUAGGUCAGAAGGGGAAUGAUAGUUGUUGUGAAAUUUGCUGACUGUCUAGUCAUUGUGCCGCCGUAUCAACUAGCUCCCGUGUCAGGGCCAACCUAAUUAUAGCACUAUGUGUCGUACAUAACCUAAUGAAUUGUUUCUCCCGUAUGGGAUCUCGACCAAGUUAAGGGAACGUUAUAACAGUAUAGACAAUUCAUAGAUGUCAGGGCGCAUGGAGGUAUUUCGUUACGGCCAAUAUUCUAGACAGCAUAAGCUAAACAUAAGACAGAUCAAAUUCACGUCGACAUCUGUCAGGGACGUUGAAAACAAGCUAAAGCCUGUUACUUUUGCUGCUACAAUGGGUAGCUCAUCAGUACGACCAUUUCUACAUAUAUCUGGUCGUGUCACCUCAGGCUAUCUGCCCGUUAUACUGAACGUCCAUUGUGGUGCAGAGUUCAUCUCGGGUGCUCUAUGCAGUAUGCCGAUGUCGACAGAUCGUGUUCGGUUGUAUGUGUAAUGUGAUUUGGUACACGUUACUGAUGCCCAAAUCCAGCGGAGCUACUCGACAGCCCCAUUCGUCCUGUCGAUUGUUAUAUCAGAUCAGGCCCCAUGUAGGAUAAACGUAACAGUCGUACCGACUGUUACGGAACACAUUCGUAUCGGUUCAACGACCGGGUGUAGGAAGCGUACAAGUUUAUCAAAUUGACAUUAAUUGAUGCCUUCACAUGCUGUGCCUAGACAAAUAGUUAGCUAGUGUAUGUUUCUUUCUCCAAAUUUAGGGACGGAGAAUUUCUUGAUCAAUGUUACGUUACGGUAUAGCGGCCAACAUUGUGUAUGUUGUUCUGCAAUGCGUCAACUAUUAGCGAAUCUAAAUUUUUUACGUACUAUUUCCGUCGGCAACGUAUCAACUGGAAAGUAAGUUAUCACACUAGUAUGCAUCAUCAUCUGAUUCAUCGCUUUUGUUAAACUGUGAACAUCUGUAACUUCACAUCAUUAUCCUAUUAUCCGCGUGCCAGUUAAAAAUGUUCGUAUCUGCCCAUCCAAAACGGAAUUUUGUUUAUACACCUGUGAAAAUAUAUGACGGAUAAUAAUAUUAUAUUAGGGCAAUAAUGUCUGUGCUAACAAACAAAUCGUAUUGACAGUAGCAUGGUUUUUUCGUAGUCCGAUUUUUAAAGACCAGCCGAAGAUGCUUGGAACCAAUUCACUUUAAGAUAAAAACAAACGUAUAGGUAAGCAUGUAUGAAACACUUCUAUUAUUCUAUCACGUAUCAAUGUUGUAUAAGAUAUUUCUUAGAAAAGUUCCGGUUCGUUAAUCACCGUUUCUUCCAGCUCUCUAUGAUUUCAUAGCUUCCCAACAUCUAGCAUUCAAGCCAUGAGCAUUUAGGUUGGGAGCAGAUUAGGGUAAACCAUCUCUGGUUUAAAAAACUCCACAUUUAUACUGAUAUUUCACUCCGUUUCAGUAACGUUUGUCUAGCAUCGUUACGCGGCUGAUUCCUGACUCUGUUACAACCCACGUUGCUUGUUUGGCUUCAACAAGAUGUCUGCAGACUCUACUCCAUUGCAUCUGAAAUCAUUAUGUAAUAUCGUUUUCGCCAGCGCAUCAACGACCUCAGGACGCUUCCCGCUUCAUCUGCCUGGCAAUAAGCAAUACUCAGUUUUUUUGCACCCUGUUUGCACGGAAGCUGUGCCAUUCAGGCGGUGUAUAGCAAUGUUACAGAAAGCUACUGUGCUAUGUCGAGAUCAUUUUGAUUAGUACACCGAGUUUCUCGCACCUAACGACGCCCGUGAUGUUUCGUAACCGCUACCUGUUCGAGCGUAAUCGUCCUUCUAUUAUAGGACUAUGUGUAUGUCGCUUUCAUGUGAUAUUUCUAAUAUUCCGUAACAGGCCUAUUGUUUGAAUGUUGUAACAAGCGAAAGGGAAGAAAGCUAGCAGCACACGUGGGUGUUCGAAGAAGGAUACUGUCGCUUGAAGCCCAGCUGGCGACUAGCGGCUAGAAGCACAGAAACGGCAGCCAUUCGAAGCAAGCGACUGUACCGUCCGGAAGGCAGCUGGCGUAAGAUUCGGUGGAGUAUCAGUAAUCUGUUCAAACAACAUGUUUUGACCUGUGUACGAAGAGAAGCUCUCGUAGUAGCAAAGCAAAGCGGAGGGCUUAUUUAAUUCUCACUUGGGGGGUUGACAGACACGGGCGCCACAGUUUGCAAGGCCCUUUAAAGCUAGAGAUUUCUAAUCAAGGCUAGUUGGACUGUUCCAUAACAUAGUAUGUAAACACAUUUGCGUGAAUUAUGUUGUGCAGCUUUGAGUCAUGCGCGUAGUUCUGUUGGAUUUGUUGAUGUAGUCCUACCCAGAGAAGUACACGGUGCGCAAAGGAUCGAUAUUUACAAACAGCUAUUGUAGAGCUAUGCAUAGGCAACCAUAUGAUCAUUUAAAUUAGCAAAUGUACGUAUUUAAGUUUCGCUUUAUUUUUUUUUACUUAAGAUAUAGUAGUAAUAACAACAUUGAGCAACGUGUUAAACGUUCAAGAAACGAAACGUAUCUAAGAACGUGGAACCUCACAGUGUGAUUAUCUAAAACUCUAUAUAGAGAUGUUGUUUAGUAUUUUAUACUAUAUUGGUUCUUUGUCGGAAGUGAAUUUGAUAACAUUUGAAAGGCUGUCAAUGUUGCCAUGGAUCUUUCUGUGUCAGUAUCUGUGAAUCAAUGAGAAUUAGGUAAUGGAUAAGAUGAUGCAUCCUCAUUUAUAGCCAAACGAGCAUACUAUUAUGUAACAUUUAUUAAUGUUUUAUUGUUAGAUUAGUACAUAAUUACCCCCUGAUCAUAUCUAUAUAUACGCGCCCGCCGCUUCACUAGCCGUUUUCUAUUCAGUAUCAGCAAAAUGAUGAAAUCUACGUUUCGUCUUUGCUGUAACUGAUCUCUAUUGCUGACUCCACGCAUUAGUCCCCUAUAGUCUACCCGAAGUUUUUCGAAAAUACACUAUACGUCACUACGAGUAGACUUUUCAUAUCCGACUGAAUAUCGUUCACAACGAAACAGUGAAAAAUAUUUCCAGAAACGGAAAUAAUUAUCGACCAAUAGGAUAACGAUAACGUCUAUUUCAUCACAUCAGCUUCUCAUAAGCCAUAGGUGACCGUAUCAACUAAAGGACCCCACCUAUUGUUUCACUUCAAUCGUAUAAUAACUAGGAGUAUGCUCACGUUCAGAUCACUAGCAUAGAUGAUGGGUCAGAAUAAAGUUUCCUUGAGGUUAAGGAACAUAUAUUGCAAUUAUGUCAAAUUAAAAAACACUAUUUAAAACUAGUUAAUUAGCUAUGUGACAGUAAUUACCAGUUUCCCUAAAGCGGUCGCUAAGGCUUUAAUGAUCUUCUACUCUAGCCGGCUAAACCACCGAUUACUAGCUGGAUGUCGAUGGUCUCGCUUUGCUUCAAUUCAUAUAUAUAUAUAUAUAUAUAUAUAUAUAUAUAUAUAUAUAU